UUUGUUUGUUCAGCUCAGCUGUUCUACGUGCCUCUUACCAUAUGCUUAUUUUUUAAUUUCAUUUAGAAUUUGAAGAAUGAGAUUCAGUCUUGCUCCCAAAACAUCUCAAUGGGCAAAUUUUAUGAUGGCAAGUCCACGUGUCCCGGUUUCUCACAUACAACAAAUACAUCAAUUGAGGGAAGGCUACCAGAUGAACCAAUACAAAACGUUACUAUAAGUCAUUACAGUGCACAAUAUAUUCAAGAUGAUGGUUCUGUUUUAUCUAACACAUUCACUGGUCUUAAUAUCUCAUUUGAUUUGGAUCCAGCAGGAUAUGGUCUUUAUCAAGGAGCUAUCAUCGAGAUUACAGGAAUUGCAUUUCAAAGAACGCAUUUUGGUCAACAAGGUUGCUUUUUUCUAAGUUUUGAUGGUGUCCUCAAUAGGUCUGCUGUAGUCUUGUCAAAUAAUAAAAUAAAACGAAUAUUCUUUGACUGUGCUAGGCAGCUUGCACCAGCAACGACAUACCUUAUUACCAUCAAAAUGGCACCAUUUUUAACCAAAUACUUCAAAAUCUAUUAUCAGAUACCAA